UACCAUCAUCGCUGCCAGCCGCUGAUUCUCCUGAAGAUAAUUCUACGAGCUUCUGUUCUUCGUUGCCAUCAAUGAUUUUUUUGUAACGUCGCCAGCUGCAAAAGCACCGUUGCCCUGCCGGGUCUGGGACCAACGUCCAAAAGACAAGGAUAGGCGCUUUUAUACGGUUCCAUUCCCGCCGAUCACAAGCAAGAAAACAAUAAGAAAUUGCCAUUUGCUUCCGUCCGACCAUCUUCUUUUCGUUGAUUCCCUUUUCCACUUAACUACGCACCUAUCACCGGUCCAGGGCACUCAAGACUUAUAUAAGUAAACCGUUGCUAAUUGUGCAGUAGCAGCGUGCGAUUUUUUAUUGUAAUUCUCCUUCAUAAAGGCGACCGCCCUUCGUUCAGGUCCUGUUCGCCUUCAUAUCUGUGAUGAUUCGAUGCAUCGCCGCCGUUCUGGCCUUCGCGAGUCCCUUCGCAAGGGUCUUCGCAGAUACUCUCCCAAGCUCAUACCCCCAUGUUUAUUCCAACGAACCGUCCACUAACCUUGGUCCUGAUUGGCAGAGCUAUUUUGAAGUAACGGAGUCCCUACCUAAUGUUACAUUUGAUGUGUCGCGUAACUUUGCUGGAAAUAUUGCUGUUCAACGCGAAGGACAUCCCAAUAAUACACUCUUCUUCUGGGCUUUCGAAAAAGAGGAAGGCUCGCUUACUGCGGACGCCAACAGCAGCAGCACGGAACCGUGGGGCAUAUGGUUGAACGGAGGCCCGGGAUCAUCGAGUAUGUACGGCCUUCUCUUUGGUAACGGACCUAUAAAUAUUGCUAGCGAUUACAGUGCGUUGGUCAACAAUUAUACAUGGGCAGACGUCGCGGACUACGUGUGGAUCGACCAGCCGGUAGGUGUCGGAUUUGCGACUGCAGAUGCUGAUGGAUAUGCCCCCAACGAAGACCAAGUGGGAGAGGACUUUAUGGGAUUCCUGGAGAACUUCGUUAAGGUCUUUCCGAGCCUUGCCACAAGACCCCUUUAUAUUACAGGGGAAAGCUAUGCUGGCGUUUAUAUACCGUACAUCAUGAAAACGUACUUUUCUAUGUCUAAUGCCCCCGUCAAUCUUGCCGGAGUGGGAAUCGGGAACGGUGCAAUCACUUCUGGUCAAGUAUUUGAGCUAUUACCUGCCCUUGAUACCAUCCAAACAUACCCUCAGUUGAUCGGUUACGACCCCGAAGUGUACAAAUACUUUGAGGAGCAGAGUAAAUUAUGUGGAUACGAUGUCAAUCUCACCUAUCCUCAAGGAGGCAUCAUUCCGAGUGUCCCGCUGACUUUGCCCACGGAUCGUGACGUCGUUUUUCUCCUUUCGGAGAUGAGGAUGCGAUCAUUCAAAUCUCAGCUGCUUUCAAAGCUGUCGGCCCGAGCUGAUGAGGUGCAUACAUUAACCCGACGUGAGGAAUGGAAGAGGGACCUUACUGGAAGAGCGAAUGGGUCCAUCGAUUCUUGGUAUGGUUGCCUGCUUCUGGAUGAAUUCAUUGACUACGCCCUCAACUACACAUACCCCUGGAAUAUCAGUCAGACGUUCGAUGUGUAUAAUAUACAGGAUGCGCUCAACCCCGAAGUGACCACAGAUGCAACUGUGUUCCUGAAUGAUAAUCAGACCAGGACUGCACUUCACGCACCCACAAGCAAGGACUGGGCUCUCAGUUUUGAAUACACAUUCGGCCAAAGCGGCUCUGCUGACCCGAGUCCCGAGCCGAUGGUGUUCUUGACGGAGCUCGCAACCAAUGCUACAGCGCAGAAUAUCACCAUCGUCCUGUAUUCAGGCAAUGACGAUUCUCUCAUUGCACACCGUGGAACAGAAAUUGCCAUUCAGAAUACUACAUUUGGAGGGAUCCAAGGAUUUACAAAGAAGCCAUCGACACCCUGGUACAAUGAGUCAGGCUCUUUUGCUGGUAUUGUACAUCAGGAGAGAGGCUGGAAAUAUGUCUUGGUCCAUGGAGCUGGACACCUGGUUCCAACAGACGCGCCUGAUGCUGCCUUCGUUCUUGCUCGAGACUUUAUUUUCGGCAGUAACGAGACUGGCCUGGUGGACGGUGACCGUGUAGUCGGGGGGGAAAAUUCGACGUUAGCUAUUGACGUUUUGCCUGGUGGAGAUGAAAUUUAUUAUGGCGUCGGUGCUACCCAGUCGACAUACAUAUACCCUUCGGCAACGCGAUCCGCCUGGGAGGCAUUCAUCCAAACGGCCACUGCCGCUGCUAGCGCGAUUUCACAGAGCCAGAAUAACGGCUGUGGUGUGCAACAAGUUAAGAGGACCAGCAAGUUUGGAUGGGCGGUGUCUAUGAUUACUAUCUUAUGUUGGAUACUUUAGAUGAUCCUUGACGAGCCGACAAGUUGUUCGUGUAUGCUUUUGUCGCUGGUCGUACUUUAUUUUCUUAUUUUAGUGUUAUCAUGUUGAUCCUGUGAAAACAAUGUAACUACUAUAAAAAAU